AUGUCCCCUAAGGAUGUCGUAUUAUCUGAAUUGGCAAAAGGUUCAAAUGAAUUGAACAAAACGUUGGGAACGACAUCGAUCGAAGUAGUGUUUCAAAAGAUUGAUCAUCUGGUAGAAAAAAUUUUUGUGGCCAAAGCAGAUAUUCGAUGCUUUUUCGACCGUCAAUUCUUUACCUGUGGCACAAAACCCGGAUGCGAUGGCAACACAAAUGAAUCAAAGACACGUCACGCAAGUGUAAAGCUCAGGCAAAUAUGCUUCAAUUUUUUUCGCACGGUUACAACACUUAGCCAGAAAGAAGGUUACACGAUACACUUAAUUCCGAGGCUUUUCACUGUUUUGCGCUUGGAAAUUUCGUUGCGUGAUUUAGAUCCUAAAGGAGACGAAGCAAACAAAGACGUUGGGAACCCGUUCCCCCUGCCUCUACUGGAAUAUAUCAUUGGUUUGAUGCUCCACUCUGUUGAUUACGAUGACGGAAUUAUUGAAAAUGUACUUCAUGACUACGUCGUUUCCUCCAAUGAAUGGAUAUAUAAUGCAUACAGUGUACUCGAAAACAUACUGAAAGAUUUUGUUGUACCGCAUUUCAACCUGUAUAAAAAUGAAAGUGUAUCUUCAAAUCUGUUUUUUGCGAGAUGUGUCUCUUUUCUUUUGACUUUACCAACCCCGCAGCUUUCCCAUCGUCUAAACGAUACAUCUGCUCCGGACAGUGGGGCGGUCUUUGAACAUUCUGAUGCAAAUGACGGAUAUGAUUCCGACUCAGACAUAGAUUACGGUUCCGUAUCAUCGGGGGAGGAUGACGCCGAUGUAUCGGUGAGCAGUGAGUCUGUCGAAGCUCAUGUCAGUGCCACCGUAACAGGUUUGCAAUGGCCAUUCAACUUCACAAAAGUAUAUGCUGCGGUGUGGCAAGGUGUCAUAUUCGCAAAUAUACCUAUGUCCACGGAGCUGUUAGCAAGAAUUAUGAGUCGCAUGCCCACAGCCAUAUUGCCCUAUACUAAAACUCCCGUGAUUUAUGCAAACUGGUUAAUUGGGCACUUGCACGGUGAUGAUAAAGUUCUUAGUAUGCUGAGUCUAGGCAGCAUUUUUGAGCUUAUAUUGAAGUAUGGAUUGGCUGAAUUAGACUGUAUGUGCGCUGAUGGAAACCUACAGUCUUCAAUAUCUGAAUUUUAUGGACUAUUAUAUAGGAAUAUAAACACUUUUGUCAUAAAUUGUAAGUUUGGUACUCAAUUUCUAUGUUUUUUGAAUAUGGCCCUAAAAAGCACCAUGAUGCCCUCACGAAUGACGAUGAAGUUUAUCAAGAAAAUCAUAAGGAUGUCUUGUUUUACAAACUCAAUGAAGUCUGCAGCUCUGUUAGUAAUUGCUUUUAAUCUUCUCAAAAGGCAUGCUCAAACGUACCUUAAUAUUGUCCACUGGGAUACUAUUAAAGAAGCAAAUCGAACACGCGACGUCUCUGAUAUGGAUAUACUUACGAACGUUGUAGAAUCGAAUGACGACGAAAUAGUUACUGCAUUCCUCUGGGAAUUACCUCUGCUAAUGAAUCAUUUUAAUGAGCGUUCAGCAGUUAUUGCUAGUACGUUCUUCUCGGACCUGAAGAGAAAACGCAGCACAUUGCUCAGGGCUGAGGACGUUAUUUUAUCUGACAGCAGAGACCAUCUAAGGCAGGAUCUCGUAAGGACAUGCCGUGAGGACACACACGCAUUCCGAAAAAAACUGCAAAAAAAAACGAAACUCUCAUCAAAAAUUUUUGAAUGA